GGCCGGUGUUGCCGCGCAACGCGGUGACAUCAGCCAUACGCGGAAGUGAAAUCUAACAGAGUCAUACCGUACAGUUAAAGUGAAAUCACCAGGAACUCAAGCCAUGUUGUUAUCAUCCAUAGACCAAAUGCCAUCCAGCAGCCUCGCCAGAUAUCUAGAUGGGGAGUUCUGGGAGAUUAAAGAUGCUUUUCGCGACGCGAUUUCAAAGAGUGAUCUGUUUCAGUCCAGCUGUUAUGAACGGACUCUGGAUCAGAACAGAGAUCUGACUGCAGACAGACUCUAUCACAUCUUAAGACAGCCAGUCAUGAAGGAACAUCUUAAAAACCAGCUAAAGGAGAAGCAAAAAGGCUUCAUAAACAAGAGUAUGAGCAUCACAGAAGUCGUCUGCGCUGCCGACAUGAACACGGGGGUCAAGCUCGGUGUUGUGUGUGGACUGUACGGAGGUGCUGUCAAUAAUCUGGGCAGUCCAGAGCAGAAGAUCAAGUUUUAUCUCCCUGUUUCAGAGUUACAGUUCACGGGGAUGUUUGCUAUGACUGAGAGAGGUCACGGCAGCAACGUUCGAGGCAUUAUCACCGAGGCCCGAUAUGAUCAGCCCACACAGGAGUUUAUUAUCCACACACCUUCCGAAGACGCUCACAAAAUGUAUAUCGGGAACGCAAUGAAAGGAAACUUUGCUGCUGUAUUUGCUCAGCUCAUUAUUAAUGGAGAAUCUCAGGGUCCUCAUUGCUUUGUUGUACCAAUCCGCGAUGAGAACGGAGUCAUGUGGCCUGGAGUGACCGUCUCUGAUAUGAAGCACAAGGAAGGGCUGCAUGGAGUUGAUAAUGGCAUUUUGAUUUUUGAUAAUGUUCGGAUACCAAGGGAAAAUCUCCUGGGAAAGUUUGGCUCAGUGUCAGCAGAUGGUUUGUACUCGUCUCCUGCUCUUAGAGGUAAUCGAUUUAAUGCAAUGCUGGCGGCUCUGACACCAACCCGUCUCGGCCUCACCGUACAAGCCAUGGCUGCUAUGAAGUUGGGGCUCAUCAUUGCUGUUUGCUACAGUCACAGUCGCAGACAGUUUGGUCCGAAGGAUCAGGAAGAGGUGAAGAUCAUGGAGCACCAGACACAGAAUCUGAGACUGAUGCCACAUCUGUCUGCUGCUCUCGCUCUCACCUUCACCUCGAGAUACGCAGCAGAUUUGAUGGAUGAUGCUUUAUGUAAAGGUGAAGACCUCCAGAGUAACCGUGCUCUACAGGCGCUGGUAGCCGGACUCAAAGCCUACAGCACUUGGGCCAAUGUUGCGUGUUUGCAGGACUGUCGUGAGUGCACAGGUGGCAUGGGCUUCAUGAUGGAGAACCGUAUCCCGUCUCUAAAGUGCGAUUCGGACGUCUUUGUCACAUUUGAGGGUGACAACAUGGUCAUGCUUCAGGUGGUGGUUCGAGAACUGCUGACUCAAUACACCAAACAGAUGGGCAACAACCUGGUGAUGGGACUGAUCAGAAACUUGACCAGCUCAGCGUCAGACAGCCUUAGAACCAGCUUUCUUGGCUUCAGCGUGGACAAAGUAGGAGACCUAAUGUUCUUGCUGAAAGCGGUGCGCUACAGGGAAAGGGUGUUACAGCGCAGUCUAGCGAGUCGACUCUACACUAAGGUGGACAAAAACAAAGAGGAGUUCUUCAUGGCCUGGAACUCUUGUUUACAUCACGUGAUCACUUUGGCGAUGGCACACAUACACCGAGUGACCUUGGAGCAGUUUGCUCUCGCCGUUCAAGACUGCCAAAUCAAAGAGGACCGUGCAUUGCUUAGCAAGUUCUGCCUCCUUCACGGCACAAGUCUGGUGUAUCAGGAGAGAGCCUGGUAUCUGGAGCACAAGUACCUGACCCCGACUACCAGCCGACAGAUCCGCAGUCAGCUUUUGGAGCUGUGCAGAUCAGUGAAGGAUGAUGCACUGAAGGUGGUGGAUGACUUCAACAUACCGUCCUGCUGCAUUCAGGCUCCGAUCGCUGGAAUCGCCAAUCCUAGAGCCGAAUGGGCCUUUUAUCCAAAGCCAGAAUAUCCCAGCAGCACCCAGCCACUGUCCAAACUCUGAGCGACGCAAUGACAUUUAAAGGGAUAGUUCACACACAAAUG